CUAUAAUAAUGAUGAUGAUGGCAUUGUUUUGUUGUUGUUGUUUUUGUUUUCAAAAUUGAAAUAAGAUCAGUUUUUUUGUUUCAUAAAAUUGACACCGUACCGUGUACGACCAACAACAUAUCAUCAUGAUGAUUAUUUUAAGAUUAAAUUUCACAACUUUUCCAUUGUGUUUUGAUUAGAUGAUUUUGUCAUUACUAUUUUUUUUCCAUUUACACUCAAAUAGCUUAUCAAUGUGAAUGUAAUAGCGUAAACAUUAAUGUUUUUUUUUUCUGUCUUUCGACAGAAUUCGAUCAUAUAAUGAUAUUUAUUUUUAACUAUAAUUGUAUAUACAAUGGUUUCUGAAAUUUUCACAUUAAUCUUGUCAGAUAUUGAAAAGAAUGUAUGCAUGUGAAUUGCAAAUUGAUUUAUCGAUCACAUAUUUUGACAUUUUAAAAACAACAAAGAGAAAGAGAAAAAAAUGUGAAAAAAAUGAUAUAGUACUCAUAUCUAUGGUUUUGUUUUGCUAGAUACGCGAAACAAGUGAGAGCCUGUUCGUAGCCAACAGCUGAUUAAAUAUUUCGUUAAAUAUCAUCCAGAUUUAUAUAUUCCAAAGAAUCAUACGAUGAAUUCUUCAUGGAUAAUAUACGCAUUUAUAAUUAUUAUUUAUGAUAAAUUUGUCAUCUCCGAAUAUGGAUCAAAUGAAACAUGUUAUGAUUUUUCUGUUUCACCUGAAAACGUUUUCUUAGAAGGGAGUAAAUAUCGACUAUUUUCAACAAAAACUACAUAUCUUACUGCACGAGAAGAAAUUCGAAAAAUCUUUCCAUCCGAAUGGCCCAAUGAAAUUGAACAAUGUACGCCGGUAUAUAUGUUUUUCUUGAAUCGUCAUUCAAUACGAUAUCCAUCAGCCAAAGAAAUUAACAAAUUUAACAUUUUAUUAAAUACAUUUCGUGAAGAAUUACUUAAUUCUGGCAAACUAAGUUAUCGUAUGUUCAUCUAUCUGGCCACAUGGCGUUUUCGAAUGUCAGAGGUUGAUGAUAAUCAUGUCAGUUAUACGGGUAAAUUAGAAACGGCUCAAACAGCUAAAAUUUUCUAUAAAUUGUUUCCAACACUGCUUGACAUUGAUAAGAUUAAUUUUGAUGUUGGAAUAUCGACAAAAAUUCGAACCGAAGAAACGGCUGAUGCUUUUAUCGGUUCAUUGAUCAAUAUUCAACUAGAUCGUGGACAAAAUCUUGAAUCAAAAAAUGAAAUCAAACAAACAAAAUUCAAAAAAUUCUCCAAAGAUGUUUUAAUGUCUCAUAAAAAAUGCAAAGGCCUUAUUAUUGAUUCAUUGGGUUCGAAAAUUCCAAAAUCACAAAAAUAUUUGAAACUUCUUGAAAGCAAACCAAUUAAAAUGAUGUUGAUAAAUUUUAGCCAAAGAAAUGGACUUGAAUACACGAUUAAGAUUGAAUCGUUAAUAAUGCUGUACAAAGCUUGUUCUUAUGAAACGGCCAUUUUUGCAUUUUCUCCAUGGUGUCAUUUGUUUACACAAUCGGAACUGAAAAUCAUUGAAUAUUUGCUUGAUGUUGAUGAAUAUCAUGAUGCAUAUCAGAUACAGCCACAUCGAAAAAUGGCCUGUUCAAUAAUUGGAGAUUUGCAAUCUAAACUUGAAACCAUUAUACGACAAGAAACCACCACGAAUACGACGUUAUAUUUUUCACAUGAAAAUUUACUUUCCAAAGUUUUUAGCUAUUUUGGACUGUUCAAUAAGUUUCCCGAAAUUAAUCUAUCACCAGAUGAUACUCGUAUCUGUAUUCCUGAUAAUAGGGAAUGGCGUUCCAGUUUGGUUGUGCCAUUCGGCACCAAUUUUGUUGCCAUACUCUACAAAUGUAAUCAUCAAGCAUAUAAGGUUUUAACAUUAGUCAAUGAAAUUCCGGUUAUUGUACGUGGCUGUAAUAGCUCAUUAUGUGAUAUUGAUAAAUUUUUUAACGAAUUUCACAAUGAACGAAUUGAAUGUGAUUUACCAAAAAUUUGUAAGAUAUCCUAGAAUUGUGAAUUCAAUAUCUCCAUGCUUUUUGCAAUCACAUAGAAAUUCUGUUCGAAUUGACAAUUUUUUUUUAUAUAUAUAGAGAAUAGCUAUAUAGGAAUAAAAAUUUGAGCUUAUUUUUUAUUCUA